AUGGCUUUUGUUCGAUAUGAAAAUGUUAAUAAAAUUAAACAACUUGCUUAUUCAUAUUGGCGAUUAACCUUAAUACGAAUGAAUUAUUCACCAUCAGAUUAUCGAAAUCAUUGUAUAAGUUGGAAUUUUCAAACAUUUUAUCGUACAAUUUGGCGAUUAUUAAAUGCAUGGUCAGUUAUUGUUGCAAUGAUUAUCGGUUAUGUACGUUGUUUUGAUGAAUUAUCAAAAUUUAAUCAAACAGCAAAAACAUUAUUCUUUUUUGGUGAAAUAAUCAAUAAAACAGCUACAAUAUUUGUUUGUUUAUUCUAUAGUAAACAGAUUGAUAUGAAUUUAUUCAGUUCAUCUUGUGUAUUAGUAGCGAUCAUUAUAUUUGUACUAAUGAAUUAUGUUUAUUAUCGUUUAGCUAAAUUACCAAGCUAUAAUCGAUAUUGUUAUCGUUUAAUAUUAUCAUGGUUUGUACGAAUACAAACUUUUGAUGAUAGAUCAAUAAAACGUUUAGGAUUAUAUCGUCAACAUCGAUCAAGAUUUUGGUUGAAAACAAAUUUCUUUCUACAAACAAUGAUGACAAAUCAUUUUGGUUUUACAUGUGGUAAUCUAUUUAUAAUUGAUAAAUUUAAAAAUUUUGAAUUAUUACUUGUUAAUCUACCAUGGAUUAUGUUAUUUUAUAAAAAAAUUUUUUCGUAA